AGUGCAUCGCUGCAUAUGAAAAAAACACAGCAAAAUCUUCUCAUAUAAAUAUAUAUAGAUAGAUAGAUCUCUUUUGCGAAAGAGGGUCUGGUAAAGUCAAAUCGUAGUACAGUCGUCAAGGGGAAUGAUAGUCAGGCCCCCCAAUGUCAGGCCCCCAACCGCAUCCGGACAUGACAUCCUCCGGCCCCCAAUCGACGCGCUCCAAGAAUCAUGCGACCGAUCAUAGCUACGAGGUACUUAUUAUAUUGGCAGAACCCUCCCGGGUUCUACCUACACCCACCCCAGCUUUACCUUGGUUCGAGCCCCAAUGUACGCCCUCCAACGAUUACUCUACGGAUUCCCCCCGCCGGCGCCGCACAAACGCACCAAGCCCGUCGAGGUGCUCUGCUUGGGCUUGCCACGCACCGGAACCGAGUCAUUAAGCGUGGCCUUGCGAACGCUGGGCCUGCAAACAUACCAUGGCUGGGACUUGGUCUUUGAGCCAGACGGCCGCAAGCUGCAACUCUGUGCGGAGCUAGUGCGGCGGAAAUACAACGGUGCUCCCGAUGGCGACGUGCACAUUAGUCGCGCGGAGUUCGACAUGCUCAUCGGGGAUAGUCAGGCGGUGGUUGACUCGUUGUGUAUUCUCUUUGCGCCCGAGCUGCUCGCCGCCUACCCAGACGCCAAAGUGGUCCUCAACGUGCGUCCCGAUACCGACGCCUGGUACCGGAGCAUCAAUAAAACUAUCGUCGAAGAGGUCGAUCAAUCAUGGGUGAUGUGGGCGAUGCAGUGGUUCUCCGCAGAGUUUCAUUGGCUGUACAGUCUGUACUUGAGAGAUGGAUAUCCGGGCAUCUUUCACAGCGGCACCACCCAAGCGGGUAUCCAGCGAAACGCAAAGUGGGUGUAUCGCGACCACUGCAAUAUGGUUCGGGGGAUGGUACCCAAGGAGAAUUUGCUGGAGUGGUCCGUCGAGGAUGGCUGGGAGCCGCUCUGCCAGGUAUGAUUUGGACGCAGCUGGAAUGGUCCCAAAACGAUACCUACUGACCGACAUAGUUUCUCGACAAGCCUGUUCCGAACGAGCCCUUCCCUCGCACCAAUAGUCCAGGCGAUUACGCCGAGCACGCAAAUGAACUCAUCCAACAGCGCUCGGUGCAAUGUCUGCGGAACGUGACUCUCACCGCCGUGACUCUCGGCGGGAUUACCACGGCCGUUGUGAUGUGGUGGCAGGGGCGGAUCCCCCACGUGACGAGGCUGGGGGAUCUCCUUGGGCGAUUCACGAAAACGGCGUAGAAUCAAUAUAUGGAAUGGAAUUUCAAGGGGAAACUUGAAAGAUGUCGAUUUGAACCACUCCACGCCCAGGCUCAACAGAAGACGUCGACACCCGUUCUUGAAGUUUCGUUUAGGGUUGCGGAAUUGCUGUCGAAAAAAA